GGCGGCUAUCGGAAGCAACGGUGGGACGCGGAAUUCUGCUGGCGCUGCAGCUACAGAAUGGCCGGCGGUGGCGGGAAACGCAGGCCCGGCGGGGAGGGGCAGCAGUGUGAAAAAACAGUUGAUGUGAAGAAAAGUAAAUCCUGUGAAGCUAAUGUCUCCAGUGACCUUCGGAAAGAAAUAGAAAAUCAUUAUAAGCUUUCUCUGCCUGAAGACUUCUAUCACUUCUGGAAGUUCUGUGAAGAACUUGAUCCUGAAAACCCAGCUGAUUCACUUUCCACAAGCCUUGGACUUCGAUUAGUGGGUCCUUAUGAUAUCCUUGCCGGAAAACAUAAAAUGAAGAAAAAAUCAUCAAGCCUGAAUUUUAACCUUCACUGGAGAUUUUACUAUGAUCCUCCUGAGUUCCAGACCAUUGUUAUUGGAGAUAAUAAAACUCAAUUCCACAUGGGGUAUUUCAGGGAUUCUCCUGAUGAACUUCCUGUAUAUGUUGGUACAAAUGAAGCAAAGAAAAACUGCACUAUUGUUCAAAAUGGAGAUAAUGUGUUUGCCGCAGUCAAAUUAUUUCUGAUGAAAAAGCUUAAGGAAGUAACAGAUAAAAAGAAAACUAGUCUCUUGAAAAACAUAGAUGAAAAACUCACAGAAGCAGCCAGAGAACUUGGGUACUCACUGGAACAGAGAACCAUGAAGAUGAAACAGAGAGAUAAGAAAGUCGUGACAAAGACCUUUCAUGGUGCAGGCUUGGUUGUCCCAGUAGAUAAAAAUGAUGUUGGGUACAGAGAGCUCCCUGAAACAGAUGCGGACCUCAAGAGAAUUUGCAAGACAAUUGUUGAGGCACCAAGUGAUGAGGACAGACUAAAAGCUUUUGCUCCCAUUCAGGAAAUGAUGACUUUUGUGCAGUUUGCUAAUGAUGAAUGUGAUUAUGGUAUGGGGCUUGAGCUGGGAAUGGAUCUCUUUUGUUAUGGCUCACACUAUUUUCAUAAAGUUGCUGGCCAGCUUUUACCUCUUGCAUAUAAUCUGUUGAAGAGGAAUCUCUUUGCAGAAAUUAUUGAAGAUCAUUUGGCAAACAGAAGUAAAGAAAACAUAGACCAACUUUCAGCAUAAAUGAGUUGGCUUUCUUUCGGUGUAUAUUUUAAAGCGUUAGUAUUAAACUUGUGAUUUUUGUUUGUUUGUUUUUAAGGAAUACAGAAAAUAAAUUGAUGGAAAUAUUUACUAAAAACUUCUAUAAAGCUCUUUUAGCCCU